AUGGCGUCGCCUACAGCCAUCCAAUUCAUAGAGUUAGCCCUCUUCAACUCCAACACAACCACUUUCAACCUCUCUUACUCCGACCCCCACCAAAAAUGGAUCAUAAGAAACCACCUCCUUUCUCUCCUCCAAGAAUUCCCCACCUUCAGUCCCUCCUUCGGCACAUUCGUCCACAACGACGGCACUGCCGUCACCCUCCUCUGCGUCAUUGGCGACCUCCGCGUCACCGCCUCCACGCCUCCCGUCCCCCUCACCAUCUGGCUCCACCAAAACCACCCUCUCACGCCUCCGAUGGUCUUUGUCGCCACCGCGGAAAGUAAAACCAAUACGAUUCGCAAUGGUCACCCAUUCGUCCACUCCCCCUCCGGCUCCACAACCUGUCCGUACCUCGAAACCUGGGCCCACCCACGGUGCUCCCUCUCCAGCCUCGUCCGGAACCUCGCAAAGCUCUUCUCCCACGACCACCCCUUCGUCAUGCUCUCCCAUAAAAACCACGCUUUUGCCCACGUUUCCCUCGUGUCCAAAAGAGAGGCGCUUGACCGGCUGGUGGGCUCGGUUCACUACGACGUCGCGUCGUUCACCGCCGCCGCCGAGAGAGAAAGGCUCGCGCUGGCGGAACUGCGGGCGGAGAUGGUGGAGAGAGUGAAUGUUGUGGAGAGAGUUAUAAUUGGCGGGCUUGAAGAAGAAAAGAAGAGGUUGAAAAUGAAAGUGUUGGAGUUGACUGAGCAAGCGGAUGUGGUGAUGAACUGGUUGAGAGUUAAUUACGAUGCCGUUAAUGUUGGUGUUGGUGACGAAGGGAAUGUCGAGAAGGCUUUUGAAGGGGUUGACGAUGAUGGUGGUGGUGAUUCGGAGAAGUUGUUGGAUUGCUUGGCGGCGGAUAGAGCCGUGGAAGAUGUGAUAUAUGCGCUGGACAAGGCGGUGGAAGAAGGGGUGGUGAGUUUGGAAGGUUAUAUUAAGCAAGUGAGGGCUUUGGCUCGAGAACAGUUUUAUCAUAGGGCGAUGUUGGUCAAAUUGAGAGGCUCUGCCACCAUACUCCAUUGGCCUUGUUGA